CUAUCCGUCUGUUUAUGUAAAGGACGAGUCUGCGUCGUGCGAGGAGGGACAUUUCCCUGAGUUUUACUCGUCUGCGGAGCAUGCGGGAUUCCCAAUGACGCAUCCGAUGAGGAGCCGCAAACUGCUCCGUGGCGCUCAGAGUAAGACUCCGUUUGCUGCAAAGUACAAAGAGUUUGAGCGUUACGGUAACAAGUCGCCCUCCACUUCUUACGACAUCAGGCAGCCGCCAGACAUGCUGUACGACUGCUCCGAGUGCCAGGAAUUCUUCACUAGCUUCUCUGAUUUUCUUAAGCAUCAGAACGUUCACAAAGCACGGAAUCCGGUGCUGCCAUCCUCCGAAUACGGAAGCUACCUGUGCUACGAGCCGGAGCUUGGCCGAGAUCCAAACGUGGACGACAAGCCCUUCAUCUGCAGCGAUUGCGGGAAGUGGUUUCGCUCAAAUUCCGAUCUCCGCAAACACCAGAGGAUCCACACCGGGGAGAAGCCGUACGUGUGUUCAUACUGCGGCAAAUGCUUCACCAAAAACUCCCACCUCGUUCGGCACCAGCGGAUCCACACGGGAGAAAAGCCCUUCGCCUGCGCGGACUGCGGCAAAGGCUUCACCAACAAAUCCAAUCUCAUCACCCAUCAGCGCAUCCACACCGGGGAGAAGCCUUAUUCCUGUGUCGUGUGCGGCAAAUGCUUCGGUGGCAAAAGCGAUCUCAACAGACACAUUAAGAUCCACUCGGGAGAGAAGCCCUUCAUCUGCUUCGAAUGUGGCAACUGCUUUGGGCGUAAAACCCAACUAAACAGCCACCUGAAGACUCACGUCCGAGAGAAGCCCGUGGGCUUUGAGUGAAGCUUUGAGAACGUGGCUGG